UGCUGUCCAUCUCAGUCAGUUCUCCAGCCUCUGAAUCACUGAUUCCACACGGAUUUAGCUCCACAAAACCGCGUCCCCUGCAGCCACGACCUCGAAAUCAGAUAGCUAUCCGUGUUGUUUACAAGAAAAGAACGCGAUAGAUUAAAAGCGAGCCGUUAGAGGCGAAAAAGAGGUGUUUGCGCACAUCGGCAGCCGUUAGCGGGCUGAGCUAGCCCGAGCUAGCAUCUCGCGUCGGGCUUCAUAACUGUGUACAUCAUAACCGUCAUCCGUUAAACUGAGCGGAUCAGCAGAACCGAAGCGGGUUCGGCGGGGCUGUCCGGCUCUUGCUCGCACUGCAGGCCUGGGUGUGGGUGCGGAGAAUGCUAAAGGAUGAGUCAGAGGGACACACUGGUUCAUCUCUUCGCUGGAGGCUGUGGUGGCACUGUAGGUGCAAUACUGACAUGUCCAUUGGAGGUGGUGAAGACGAGGCUGCAGUCUUCUUCGGUGACUCUUUACAUCUCUGAGGUUCAGCUCAGCACUGUGAACGGGGCCAGUGUGGCCCGUGUGGCCCCGCCGGGGCCUCUGCACUGUCUCAAGUUAAUACUGGAGAAAGAAGGUCCUCGCUCACUCUUUAGGGGCCUGGGGCCCAACUUGGUGGGAGUGGCUCCAUCCAGAGCAAUAUAUUUUGCUGCCUACUCCACAGCCAAAGAGAAGCUGAACAAUGUGUUUGAUCCUGACUCCACACAGGUGCACAUGCUGUCCGCUGGUUUAGCAGGGUUCACUGCCAUCACAGCAACCAACCCGAUCUGGCUUAUAAAGACUCGAUUGCAGCUUGAUGCCAGGAACCGUGGAGAACGGCGCAUGAGUGCAUUUGAGUGUGUCCGGCGUGUCUAUCGGUCAGAUGGGUUACGGGGAUUCUACAGGGGCAUGUCUGCUUCUUACGCUGGCAUAUCAGAGACUGUCAUCCACUUUGUCAUCUAUGAAAGCAUUAAACGCAAACUCAUUGAGUCCAAGGCCAACGCUAACAUGGAUGACGAAGAUGAAUCUGUAAAAGACGCUUCAGACUUUGUUGGAAUGAUGCUGGCUGCUGCCACAUCCAAGACCUGUGCCACUUCAAUUGCAUAUCCUCAUGAGGUUAUUCGUACCAGACUACGUGAGGAGGGCAGCAAGUAUCGUUCGUUCUUCCAAACUCUAAAUAUGGUGGUCCGGGAGGAGGGUUACAGAGCGCUGUACCGAGGCCUCACCACUCAUCUGGUCCGACAGAUCCCUAACACUGCUAUUAUGAUGUGCACCUAUGAGCUGGUGGUCUACCUGCUCAAUGGUUAACAGAUGGAGAGAGAGAAAGAGAGAGAGACCAGGAAAGAGAGGGAGAGAGAGAGACGAACAGGGUGAGAUAGCGAAAGCUAGAAGGAGACCGAGAGAGAGAGAGUGUCCCUGGCUUUUACACCAAAGGAAGUAGAACAAAUCCUAGACACGCAUUAGUCUCCGAGAACAAGAAGGUUUCGAGCCUGUCAGACUGGAGAGCGUUUCUAAAAAGAAAGACCGAUGGCUGUCCGUUUGAAAUGUUUUACGAGAAGUCCGUUUUGAAAGGACAAUCAGAGAGGGGAAUGCUUGAAGAAGACGAACAAUUCAUUUCAAAAAUCAUUUUUAUCUGAGCCAAUGCUUUAUAAACAAACCUGUCAAGAUCUUUCGAGUGACUGAAUGUCUUUGAAAGAAAGCGUUUUCAGAUGUGGCACAAUAGCACUACUGUAAAGGAUGUUUUUCUUUUCUUUUUUUUUAAUUCACCGUUUCUCAAAGACGACGUUUUGCCUUUCAAGCAUUCUCCUCCAGAUGUCAGCUUCCACUCUUUCCAAACUCGCCAGGCAGAUGGUCGUCCACGCACAAAAAGUCCAUUGCUGUUGUUAAAUCGACGGUCACGUGACGCGUGGCCCCUCAUGUGCUUCAAACUGAAGUGUUUCUUUGUUAAGUUUAACCAUACUUACUUUGUGUGUGUUUUCGAUGAUCAUACCGUUGUCCUAAUGUCAGUAUAGUAUAUACUCUGGGUGGUAUUUUUGAAUUGGGAGAUGUUGUCCUGCUUGCGUCACUGGGCCUUUUUUAACUGAGAUGGAGCGUUCUCCAGUUUAUCACCACAGUUCCUCUACUUGAAUCCCAGGUGUCGAUGAAUUUACCGAAAGCUCAAAGGUAGUGAGCAUGUUGCCUACAAACAACAUGCCACGUCGUGGCGACAUUAUUCGUCGUAAGGCAAUAGUCAUUUUCCCACUUUUGAGUGGGAAUACAAGCUGCAGAAUUGCGUCCCACACUCUGGAUUCCUCGAACAGUGGCUUCGAACUGACCGCAUAUGCACUUUGUGGCCUGUCUGGGCUUGCGCAAACUUUUUUUUUUUUUCUGUUUGGGACAAUUUUAAUCUUGUAUUGUAAAGCAUAGUAUUACUAUGUAAGCAAGACAGUGUUUUGCUGAACAGUUCCCUUUGGAAGUUAUUGUACAGUUCAGUGUACUAAACUUUAGUGAAGGAUAUUUCUGUAUGUGUAUAUACUGUAUGCAUAUCAAAUAUCCAGUGUUCAUAAUAACUUAAGUCCUCUGAUUAUGCAGUAGUAUUAUUUGAAUGGCUGCAUUUUGUUUGAUAGAUCUAUCACAAAAGGAUAUUGUGAAACAAGUUCUGUUGAAUGUCGUUUUCUUUUUACAUUUUAUAUAAUUUUGCUUCUUCUUUUUUUUAAUCACUCCUCAUUCUGGCCCUGAAAAAUGGAGUCACAAAUUUUUCCAUCUCGCUUGUUUGUUUACAUUACUGUUGUCUGUACUUUCACACCCUCAUGAUAUGAAGGAGCUUGUUAGUGAUGUAGACGUUAUCAUUUCCAAACAGUUCGUUACCAGUACGUGGGCUUGAAAAGGUAAUUAUAUUAAGCCUCAUGUUGGUAGAUCCUCUAGGGUUUCUGUAAGCAUCUUAAUAACAGUAGCAUCUAACAGUAUUGUUUUAAUCUAACAGCAAAAACUUGGUUUUGGUAGCUUCCAUUAUUCAUAAUCCGAAGUGAAGUAUGUUUUCAAUUGCAUUUCAGUGUCUCGUUCAAGUCAUGGAUAUGUGUAAUGCUGCUGACGUCACCACACAUUUAUUAUACGCACAACAUCAUCCAAUAUUAUGCAAUUAAUUAGCGCUCAUGUGAUCUUCUCAGUUGCUAAAUAUUGCUCUAAAAGCAUUUGUUUUUGGAAAACAAAAGCUCAUUCAGGCGUGAUGUUUUCGUGCAGUUAGAAUAGUUCGACUAUGGUUGAUGGAUUAGUAAAAUAGUUGUGUUGUAUCUACAGAUGUGUUAGAAAGUCAUCAAACAUCCAUUAAGUUUGCAUUCAACAAAUGCUCUUGUAACUUCACAGUCUCACAGAGACUUUAAUGGCAUUACGGAGAUAUUCAACACUGAGCCUAACCGACUGACUGAAAUAUUGAACGUGACGCUCUAGAUUAAUCAUUUCACCUGUAAUGGCAUAUUCAGCAAUUUCAUGUGUGGUGUCUGUAUUGCGCAGUCUAACAUGACCAACACUAACAAAUUGUAUGUCAUCACCUGUUGUUUUAUUUCAGUUUUCCUUUUCCUUUUCUUUUUCUUUUCUAGUUGUUUUUAUGGUAAAUGUGGCCUAUUCUUUGCUGGUUAUGUGAUUUAUCAUACCUCUUUUUUUGUACAAACAGUCAAUAAAAAACGAUGCAAAACCCA